AUGAGUGACGUUUCUAAGUUAGAGCGCGAACAAAGCAAUUCCGGCCAUAUUGGCCGAGGGUCACAAGUUGACGGUAAUGAUGCUGCGGUCAGGCAAAGUGAUCUAGAAAGCCUUCCGUCGAUUGGGGUACAAUCUACCUUACAGAACCGGUCUUCUUACUUCCCUCGCGCGCCAUCGAAUCAUUCUGCCCGCAGACCUCGUUGUCGUGGCUCAUACUCUACUAGACAUGGGCGACAGGCAUUUCCAAGAAACGCAACUCAGUCCAGCUGGGUUGAUGAAAGCUACCAGGACGAAAAUCCGUGGUAUGGUUACGCCAAAGACAAACCACUAUUUAGUCUUGCCCAACCUCUACCGCAUGUUGCUCGUUUAAGGAAGGGACAAACUCGACAGGGAGGACAACGUACCAUUCCAGAAACAGGCGACCUCAGCCGAGGUUGCUUCCCAUACACCAGCAACGCUGAACCAACUCAACAAUCGACUUUCCAAGGCACAUCCCAAACAGUCCAGACCAACAGACCAGGGAAUGUGCUCAGUAAUGCUAGUCGAUUUGGCAUCAAUGCAGAACCACUUGGGCAUGAAGAGUGCCCUGACGUUGAAGGCAAAAAGAAUGCAGAUGACGAGCGUAACUGCUGGGCUAAACUACGGGCGCGACAUCCAGAACCUCUCGCUGAGUUUGUCGCGACGUUUGUUUCCAUUUUUCUCGGUAUUGCUGGAACACUCAACGUAAUUCUCUCGCCAGACAAAUCCAGUAUCUACGGCUUAUUUGAGACCAGUUGGUCUUGGGGCUUCGCCUGGAUGCUCGGCAUAUACAUAGCGGGAGGUGUCUCUGGAGCGCAUAUGAAUCCAGCUAUUUCUUUCGCCCUUGCCAUCUACAGGCGCUUCCCCUGGCGCCAAUGCCUGGUGUAUGUUACCGCUCAGUUGUUGGCCGCAUUCACAGCCGGUGCACUCGUCUUUGCAGUAUUCCGCGAUACAAUUCGCCAUGUUGAUCCAGAUCUCAAAACUAGCUGGAAGGGAUUCUGCUCCGCUCCCCAGGACUGGAUGAGUUUGGGUGGCGCUACGAUAAGCCAGCUUGUUCAGAGCAUUAUCAUGGUCAUUGUGGUGUUUGCUCUAGGAGAUGAUCAAAAUAAUCCGCCUGGUGCAGGGAUGCACGCUUUUGUGCUGGGUCUGCUGUUGACUACCCUUAAAUUAACGCUUGACCGAAAUACCGGCUCUGCUCUGAAUCCUGCUGCUGAUUUGGGGCCGCGGCUGGUAACAUUGGGAGUUGGAUAUGGUCGGUCUACGGUGUUUGGAGAUGUGUGGUGGAUAGUAGGUCCUUGGGCAGCCAAUUUCGCUGGGUCCGUUCUUGGGGGUGCUAUAUAUGAUGGGCUUAUAUUUGUUGGCACGGAGAGUCCAGUGAAUCAUCGUAUUCGUGCUUUUAGACGAAAGAGUAAUGAAAGUUCUGAAUGUUGUUGA